GGGAAGCCGCCGCCAUAAGCUACGACAAGAAGUUUCGAAGGAAGGCUUCGAGGAUCCCGUUAGCACGCUGGGAUCAGAUCGAGAACGGCAUCUGGUCAGUGGAAGUUGGCCCAUAUGUGGAGAAAAAACAGGCUGACUCAUAUAGAUCGGCCAGGACCGAGCAAAGAAGGGAUUUCAAGCGCAGG